AUGGCCGACAAACUCCGUACUCAGCAAGAGCUUGAGCGCCUUCAGGCCAAGUAUGUCGGCACGGGGCACCCCGAUACUACCAGUUGGGAAUGGAAAACGAACAUCUACCGCGACACGUACUCUUCCAUCGCCGGCCACCCCCCGAUGCUCUCAUACAUGGCUCUAGCCGAGAACGAGCCCACACAACUACUCCGAGCGAGGCUUAUCAGGAAAAUGAUGCAGCCGGCUGGCCCACCACCAGCACGCGAGGAUUAG